CACCGAGCAGCAGAGAAAAUUGUGAAAUUUUUCAACUGUGGGAUCCGCACAAUUCCCUCUCUCCUGUUCCAACCCGCAUUUCUUUCCCCACUCCAUUAAAAUUGCAAUUCGGAUCCGUAGAAAUUGUCGCAGAGUAAUUUUUCCUGAUGGAUGCAUGUACAGUAUGCACGACGCGAACGAAACCAGCAGAAUCAUGAGACUCUGAAGCCAGGAACGAUUUGACGCUGGCUUUUCCCCAUCCAGUCUUUCUCUCCACCAUCUUCCCCCGGUCCUGGUCUUCCCCCACCCAAUGAAGUACGCUGUGGACGAUCUGAAUGUGUCGCAUUCCGUGGAGACCAGCUUCUCCGACGGCAGCAGCAGCAGCAGUAGCCAGGAUCCCAGUACUGGCCACGCUGCCUCCAAAUCGCGUCUGGACCAGAUCCUGCAGUCCCCCCUGCGGGCCCAGGGCGCCGCCAUCAACGCCCGCAAGCGCCGCACCCGCUCCCUAUCGUCGCGCAGCAAGUACUCCCCGGAGCCGCCGCUGGCGCGGGCCAUCCGCGGGAAACUACCCCGUACCCGCGCCCUGGCGGACACGCCGACCCCCCUGGGGGACGGGGGCAAACGGACCAAACGGCAGCGGUUGGGCCGGGCGCUGGCCAAUGGGAAGAAGCGCCUGGCGGUGGAGACGGACGGCAGUGGGAUGAUGGCGGGGGUGAAGCGGAAACGGAAGCAUAAGGACGAGCUGGCACGGCUCAACGGGCUCACCGAGCAGAUGUCCCUGUUGGAUAACCCGGACAGCCCCUCCCCCUCGACAUCCACCGACGCGCCAUCCGGGCCAUCCAGUCUCCACAUCCCCUUGCUCAACGGCAGCAUCAAGCAUGCCAAAGUGCCGCUGAAGCGCCGCAAGAGUCGCACACUGCUCCCGCGGACGCCUUCCGUCGUGCCUAAGAAGCCGGAAUUGGAUAUGAUUUUCAAGAAGCAUCCGCUCUUGCCGGAGCUGUCCACCCGAGCGGCCGUCGAUCCCGCUGUCUUAAUCCCCGACGACCUUCCUCGCUGCAGUAUUGAGGCGCUGAUCAGCCGCUAUCCGCUGCUGCAGACGCAGUUCAACACCGUGGUCAUCCGCGGCAAGGAGCUGUGCCAUGCCGGUGUCUUCCUGCGUCGCGCUCUCAACUACAGCGUGGUGCAUCGCCGUUUCGCCGCGCUGAUACCCUGUCGACAGCGCAAGAAGGAGGACAAGAAACGCAAUCUGGAAUGCUAUGUGGCGCAGCUGUGGGAGCGCGUCAAAACGGCUGCCACGGUCACCAAUCCGGCCACCCACAACGGACCCGAGCCGGUGAGCCGUCGUCAUCCCGGCAACUGCGGCUACCCCGUCGACCUGGAGAUCCAGUCCUUCGUCCUGUACCGCACCAGCGACUGCAAGAAGGAGAACGAUCCGCGCUGUCCGACGCGCCGCUCCACCGCCGCCAUCGCCCACCACGCCUUCCGCAACGCCCACGGCGACGACGUGGUGCGCCUGCAGGUGGGCAUCCUGCGUAAGAAUCCCAAAGAGAAACUAUCGCACGCCAUGCUCCCGCCCGUCCUGCAGCACGCUCCCAAGACGGAGGGCGUGGUGGGGCCGCACAACAAAGUGGCCUUUGGGCGGGCCCGCUUCCGGCUGGAAUGCUGGAAUCUGAAUGACUAUCUGGUGGUGAACUUCGAGGCGGGCACGCUGCGGCGACCGAAUUGUUGCGCGUUUAAUAUUCGGGAUAUCAAGGAGGGAUUGAGUCUGGAGGUGAAGGACCACUAUGCCAUGAAGGUGGUGAUGAAGAAGCACCCGCCGUCCCAUACUUCCGAGCUGGACUACGUGUACGUGCUCAUCUAUCCGGCGGGCGAGAGCUACCAAGUGUGCGACAUGGCCAUCCUCAGCAACACCUGGCGCCCGGCGGGCGGGCACGUCUGUCUGGUGUGCCGGAUGCGCUGCGACUCGCUGAUCCACCUCAUCCGCCACCUCGAAGGCCUGCAUCCUUCAGUGGGCUGCGAGUACGAUCCGGAGCUGAAGCGGCUGUACGUCUGGUUCGCCCCGGAACGCGAGUUCACGCGGGAUCCCGUGGUGGGCAUGCUGGACCGCUGGGAACUGGCCCGCAGCCGUCGUGCGGUGGGGGUGCUGACGCACUACAAGGAGGCGCUGCCGGUGAUGCGCUGGACGGGGUCCAAGUUCGUUCGGCCGGAGAAUAGAGUGGCCGAUACGCUGCCGGUGUUCAGCAUGCGGAACAUCCUGACGGUGUACGGCGUCCCCAUCACCCCCCUGCGGCACCACCUGCACAGCAACACGGUGCAGCCGAUCCGGCCGGACCGGCUGCACAUGGUGGAGCACGACAGCGACGACGAGGACAACCACUGGCAGGACCAGUACGAGCACGACAAGAUCAACGACUUCAUCGACUGCUCGCCGGCCGAGAAGCAGCUCAUGUGCCAGUGGAACACCUUCACGCGCCCCUUCAACCCCGUCUUCUCCAUCGGGCUCAAGGACCUCCUCUGCCGCUUCGUGCAGCAGCACUGCGCCGGCCUCGACGCCGGCGAGGCCUUCGCGCCGCUCUGCGCGCAAUUGAGCGUGCUGCGCCGCCUGCGCUGCUUGACACAGGAGGAGGUGCUGCAAGUGGUCAAGGUGUGGCGGGCGAUGCAUCGCUGCGACGGCUACGCGUUGGAGAAACUGAAACGCAGUUAAACUGGAUUUUUGGGAGGGGAAAAGACCGCGAAACUAAGUUAAGACAGCACGCUCAACGUUUCUUAUGGCAUUUAUUGCGGAUUUGACAAUCCCGAUAUGUUUUCAGGGAGUUUUGUUAUUUUGUUGAUUUUUUUAAUUCAGACGGGGGUUUUUUGUGUCACACGCACGAUGGUCGUCGGGUGGUUGCGUAUCGUGACAAGUUUUGUGUGCUUUUUUUGUUAGGGAUACCUUUUUUUUGUAAAUUCGGCAUUAGUAUUUUGACCCAAUGCGUAUUUGGCGGAUUACAGUGUUGAUUUGUUGGGAUUCGGUUGUAUUAUAUGGUCCUUUUUUCCGCAGUCAGUGCUUGUCGUCUCUGUUUUUGUACGUUCUUUCUUUUGUUGUAAAUUAUAACAAUAGUACAGAAAAUAGUCAUCGUGUGAUUACUGUUCUCUUUUCUAAAUAAGCGAUUCACGCGUGCAAUGGUUCAGUGCAUUUUUGUCUUGGACAAUAACUGAAGAAAUUAAACGAAGCAUUAAAGAAGU